UCCGAUCGAUCCUCCGGAAGGUAUACGUGCUGGACCUCUGUACCGGCACUGUUGCCACUGGCAGGCUUCUAUCACAGGACCACAAGGAAGUCCGUAUGAGGGUGGCUUAUUCCUGUUGUAUUUACAAAUUCCAGACAGUUAUCCAAUGAGACCUCCAAAGGUUCAGUUUAUAACAAAGAUAUUUCAUCCUAACAUAAGUCGUCAUGGAGAUGUGGGCUUAGAUUCUAUUCACUAUAACUGGAGCCUGGCUCUAACUAUAUCUAAAGUUCUAAUAAGUAUCCAGUCUUUAUUAACGGACCCAUAUUGUGAUGUGUGCAUGGAACCAGCCAUUGGUUCCUUGUACAGUAAAAAUAGACAAGAGUUUGAGAGAAUAUCACGAUUAUGGACGUGGAAGUACGCAAUGCAUGAUUUCCUCAUGCCAAUGGAAAUAGAUCUGAAUGGAUUAUAGCAUUAUAUGAAACGAUACUGGAGAGGUUGCAAUUUUUGAUUUGUUAGCUGAUACAUAUGUGAAGAAUUUGUUUUAAACAAUAUUUUUAAAAUAUGAGCAAAGUUAUUAUUUUCAACAUAUUUUAACCCUUAACCUUCUCAAUGGUUGUAAUGGAUUUGCCCUGCUUUGAAUUUGAAACAAUCUAUUGAAAGUUUAAGGGGUUUCAAUAUCAAAAGCUAAAAAUAGUAUCAAGGUUGAUCAGACUGCACAGAUAUGCAGGUCAAGCAGGCUCUUUACCGAUGGUAAAGGUUAAUCACUUUUUUUCAAGUGGAAUAAGGGUAAAACCGCCUCCGUGGUCGAGGAGUUAGAGUCGAUGACUUCUAAUCCAGUUACCUCUCUGGCGUGGGUUCGAUCCCCGGGAGAUGCUUUGGUAGUUUAGCGCGGAGGAACGUAGUCUAGUACUGGUGUAACUCUCCAGGAACGAUGAUUAGGAAACUACCCGCCUAUAUGACUGAAAUACUGUUGGGAAAAGGCGUUGACUGAAAUACUGUUGGGAAAAGGCGUAAUUUGAAACAAACAAAAAAGUUAAAACCGACAUAUGAAUUCAUUGCAGUGGUUACAAACAUGACCUUUGGUUGCAUUUGCUAAAUUUCUUCCUACUGGAGUUUAAAUAUAAAAACUAUAAAUAUACAUUGUAUAUGAAAAUCUUAUCUAGGUAAAUUAAUUAGCAAGGGAUUUAUCUCUGGAAAAUAUAUACUAUUAAAUUAAUGAGUAUGUUCAUAGAUAGAUAGAUAUGCUAACAAAUGAAAAAAAUGUUAACAAAUUGAUUAAAGAAGUGUUAAAAAAAAAUAAUAAA